ACUCUCCACCUUUACAUUAAUGGAAAGUCCACAACAAACCGCCUAAAAGUAGAUACACCCAAACUAAUCUUUCAUUCUGCAACGACCGCACUCAUGGUAACACCACUCGGUCACAAUGGACCACAUCGGAAAACAAACGAAAGAAGUCCAUCCAAGACAAAAAGCCAACAUAUUUUCGAUUAUCUCCUUCUUCUUCACGCUAAAGUUAUUCAGAAAAGGCACUCAACGAGAUCUCGAAGAGGAUGAUCUUUACGAAGUGUUGCCUAGGUACACUUCCAAAAGACUCGGCGACAAAUUUGAAAGAGAAUGGGAGAGGCAGAAAAAGAAAAACAACAAAAAUUCAAUUGUGCGACUGCUGUUGGCCGUUUUUGGAAAAGAAGUUUUUUUGCUUGGACUAACACAACUCACGUCUAAAACUAUUAUAAUUAUUUUCCAUCCUCACGCUUUGAGCAAAAUUAUCUCCUAUUUCAAUCCUGGUCAAACUGAUAUGACAAAGAACGAUUUGUAUUUAUGGUCUGGUCUUUUGAUAGGAGUUACUUUGAUAGAUGUGGUCUAUGCUCAUAACUACCAUAUGGCUAUGGGUGCUCUAGGCAUCAGAAUUCGAACAGCUUUUUGCUCUUUCAUCUACAGGAAAGCUUUAAGGUUGAGUCCGUCACGACUUGGGGAUAUUUCUAUUGGAAAGAUUGUCACUCUUAUUACCAAAGAUGUUCACUGCUUAGAACACUUUUCCUACUUAGUAAACGACCUGUGGAUUGCUGGGCUCAAAGCAGGUGUUGCUGGUUACGUCAUCUACAGAAAAAUAAAUGUGGCGGCUUUUGCAGGAGUGGGUUUUUUUAUCAUCAUACUACCGAUACAAUUUUAUAUGGGUACAUGGGCAGCUAAACUACGUCUAAAAAUGUGCAAAAAGGUAGAUGAGCGUCUCCAAAGAACCCAAGAAACUCUCUCUGCAAUCAAAAUCGUAAAAAUGUACACUUGGGAAAAGUACUAUAACGACAAAGUCCUAGAUGCCAGAGAAAAAGAAAUCAAAAGCAUGCAACUUAUCUUCUACCUCAAGAUGAUCAUCCUCCAAAUCGGUGUCCUCAAUGGCAAAAUUGCUUUUUAUCUUCUUAUCAUGACUUACAAGUGGCUUGGAAAUCACGUAACAGCCGAAAUCGUCUACUACAUCGACUAUUCGUUCCACAUUCUCUCACACACUCUCGGAAUUAGAUUCCCUUCAGCCAUCUCUCAAGUGGCAGAAGUCACCGCUUCCGUCAAACGUCUCGGCAACGUUCUAAAAGCACUAGAGGUGCAAGAAACCCCUGAAGAAACCGACCUAGUCAUCAAACCAAAAGUCGCGCUGAACAACGUAGACGUUACUUUCAAAGAGAAACACGUUCUGCACUCCAUCAACCUCAACGUCGAUCUGGGUGUUACACUGAUAACCGGACAAGUCGGAAGUGGCAAAAGUUUCCUCCUUAAAACAAUCCUCAAAGAAUUUGAACCUUCGAAUGGUACAGUUUUAACCCAAGGCAGAAUUUCUUACGCGUCACAGGAACCCUGGCUUUUCCCAUCUUCCAUAAAACAGAAUAUUUUGUUCGGGGAGAAGUACGACGAAACCCGAUACCAAGAGGUGUUGAAAGUUUGCGCUUUGUUGUACGAUUUUGAGUUGUUGGCUGAAGGUGAUGCGACUAUCGUCGAAGACAGAGGGAACAACUUGAGCAAAGGGCAACAAGCUAGAGUUAAUUUAGCUCGUGCUGUGUACAAAGAGAGUGAGAUUUAUCUCUUGGAUGAUUGUCUGUCAGCUCUUGAUAGUCAAGUCAGCGAUUUUAUCUUCAAAGAGUGUAUCAUGAAGUUUCUACAAAACAAACUGGUGAUUUUUGUAAGCCACAACGUAAGUCAUGUUAAAGAAGUGGAUAAUGUGGUGAUCAUGCGACAUGGAGCAGUUACGUCGCAUGUCAAGUCAGCUGACAUUUCUGAGAAGGACAUUCUACAAGAAGUAGAUGCAGAAGAAAUGGCGAUAGAAAGUGGCGACGACUUGGAGGUGGAAGCUGAAGCAGACGAGGAGACGAAACUCAUCACUGAAACCACAACCGAGAGAAAAGUCUACCAAGAAGUCAAAAAGAAAGGCAAAGUUGAUUUUGAUGUGUACAAGAAAUAUUUACAGUUCGGUGGUGGACUUUUCUCUUUAUUUUUAGUGGUUUCCUUGUAUACUACAGCGCAAUUCUUCCAGAGCUACGGCGAUAAGUUGGUCAGUCAAUGGGUAAUCCUUGAACAAAAAAUCUCCAAUUUAACUCUACAUAACACCACGAAUACUACAAUACUGCAAAAAAAGGAAGAAUCCGAAAACAAACGCGACUAUAUUCUACAAUUAUUUACAGCGAUGAUAGUUCUAAACACGGUUUUCGGUGUUUUUAAAGCUAUAGGUUUCUACUCGGUUAUUAGACGAGCUUCCAUUAAUCUCCACAAACACAUGAUCACCCACAUUGUAAACGCUACUAUGCACUUCUUUGAUACUAACUUCAUCGGAAACAUCUUGAACAGGUUUUCAAAAGAUUUGACCACGGUUGACGAGUUUCUUCCUUUCAUUUAUCACCAAGUGUUCAGAACCGCACUUUCUGUCGGUGGAGUCAUGAUUGUAAUCGCUACAGUCAAUGUCUAUUUCCUCGUCCCAACAACUUUCUUCCUAGGACUACUAAUGUUCAUACGAAUGUACUACCUGAAGACGGCCCGAAGCUUGAAACGACUAGACGCCACAACUAGAAGUCCCGUUGUUGGUCACCUGAACGCAACUCUUGAAGGUCUGACGACCAUACGAGCGUUCAAAGCUGAAGACAUUCUUCGUGAGGAGUACGACCGUCACCAAGACUUGUAUACUUCAGCUACUUACAUCUUCAUCAGUUCGAUGAGAGCUUUUGCUUUCUUGUUGGACUUCUUGUGUACUCUUUUCAUAGCAACAAUAAUUGCAAGAUUUGUUUUCUCCAAUGAUGUGUUUUUGGCUGGUAGCGUUGGUUUGGCUAUAUCACAAGCCUUAAGAAUGACAGGAACUCUCCAGUGGGGAGUCCGAAUUUGGGCAGAAAUGGAGAACUGCAUGACUUCCGUUGAACGUGUCUUGGAAUACACGGAAGUGCGACAGGAGAGUACUCAAGGGCAAGAUUUGGACAACUGGCCCAAAGAAGGUGAAGUGAAGUACCAGAAUGUGUAUUUGUCGUAUAACGAGUCAGACGAGUACGUUUUGAAAAAUAUCAGCUUUACUGCCCAUCCACAAGAAAAAAUUGGCAUUGUUGGUAGAACAGGUGCUGGAAAGUCGUCCAUCAUUUCUACUCUGUUUCGACUCUAUGAAGUCGACGGGAGAAUCGCCAUUGAUGGCGUUGAUACUAAACUAGUCUCUUUAGAUUGUUUACGUAAGCACAUCUCGAUUAUCCCUCAAGAUCCGGUUCUCUUCACUGGAACUAUCAGAGACAACAUAGAUCCUGAGAGACAAUAUACAGAUGACGUGAUCUGGAGCGCGAUUGACUCUGCUUAUUUGAAGAAGUUAAUACCGAGCUUGGAGUACGAAAUUACUGAAAGCGGCUCUAGUUUCAGUGUAGGACAAAGACAACUGAUUUGUCUCGCUAGGGCUAUUGUUCGGAACAACAAGAUCAUAGUUCUAGAUGAGGCUACAGCUAAUAUGGAUCCGGAAACUGAUGAACUGAUCCAUCAGACGAUUCAUAAGUGUUUCAAGGCUUGUACUGUAUUUACUAUAGCGCAUAAGUUACAUUCUAUCAUCAAUUGUGAUAAAAUCAUUGUUAUGGAUAAAGGAGAGAUUAUUGAGUGUGAUGAUCCUAACAGUUUGCUGCAAAAUAAAGAUGGGCACUUUUACAAGAUGGCGAAGAAGGCGGGGAUUACGACGCAAAAUGCAGCUUAAAAGACAAAAUGAGAAAUUCUACUCUAUUAUGAAGAUAUUACGAAAAAUUUAAGACAUGUAAAACUUGGUCAAUAAAAUUGAAUUAUUAUUAUCAAAUAAAAAA